AUGCUAAGAGCAGUUAGGCGGAUUCCCCGGAGUGUGGGGGGCACACUUGCGGCAACCAUUCGACACAAAUCCACCGGUCUGAAGUUCCCAGCUUCUGAAACCGUCGUAACCAAGUUUUCGUUUCCUAGUCGAACCCAUUCCAUCACCGGUCUUCUCAAAGAUGCUCCUGCGCUGGAGCAGAGCCAGAAGAAGGUCACUCUGCAGGGCUGGAUCCACAAGAAACCCCGAAAGGUAUCCAAGAACCUCACUUUUGCAUCCCUGAGAGAUACUAACGGAGAUAUCAUCCAAUUGGUGGAUUCCAACAGUCCUUCGAUGCUUCGAUCUAUGAAGCCUGAGAGUGCAGUGGUCGUGGAGGGUGUGGUUGCGAAGCAGAGAACCGCCAAGAAGGGAGUGUUUGAUCUAGUGGUUUCUUCUUCCUCUGUGCUCAAUGAGGCCAACGAGAAGGGGAGUCAGCUGACUCUGGGUGAUACAAAGGAUUGGCCUGCAGAGUACCGAUACCUGCAAUUGCGACAACCCCAGCUUCAGGCUGCUCUCAAGCUUCGAGCCAACGCCAUGAGGGCCUCUCGAAGCGUUCUGGAUAAUCUUGGGUUCACAGAGGUCGAGACUCCUCUACUUUUCAAAUCCACUCCCGAGGGAGCUCGAGAGUUUCUGGUGCCCACAAGAAAGCGAAACCUCAUGUACGCUUUGCCUCAGAGUCCGCAGCAGUAUAAGCAGCUGCUGAUGGCUUCUGGUGUUCAUAGAUACUAUCAGUUGGCGAAGUGUUUCCGUGAUGAGGAUCUGAGACAGGAUCGGCAGCCUGAAUUCACCCAGGUCGAUAUGGAGAUGGCUUUUGCCAAUGGAGCUGACGUGCGAGAGGUUGUAGAGAAGCUCGUGCUCAAGAUCUUCGCCGAUACUGUGAACAAGAACAUCUACACUCUUGAUGCUAAUGAAAACCUUGUGCAGCAGUCCACUUUCAAUCCCAUGACUUUCAAAGAGGCUCUGGGCAAGUACGGUAUUGACAAGCCAGAUCUCAGAUACACUUGUGCCAUUACCGAUGUCUCUGAGCAUGCCACCUCCUUUAAUGAGGACUUCCCCGUGUGUGAGAUUCUGCACGUCACCAAGGAGAAUGCUCCUGAGUCUCUCGACUUCCUAUCUGAGGCUCGACAGUACACUAACCGAAUUCCCGACGUGAUUCAAAUAACUGAGGAGAACCUUUCGUCCUGGAACCAGCAAGUUUCUCAGUUUAAACUUGACAAGACACUUCCUGUUUCAGUUGGAGAUGUUGUCCUUGCUUCUACUAGACAAACUACCUCAUACGAGAAUCCCACUCCUCUUGGACGUGCGAGACAGUUACUGAUCAAGGAGUACCCUGAGAAAUGGCGACGCCAAUUGGCUUCUGGGGAGCAGCUUCCCUCAAUUGAAGACACCUUUGUGGCCUCUUGGGUCAUUGACUUUCCUCUCUUCUCUCCUAGCUCGAUGGACUCUGAUCCUGAAAAAUCGCAGCCCUUCCCCAAGUUUGACUACACUCAGAUUGUGGCCUCCCAUCAUCCUUUUACCAUGGCUGUUCUUGAAGACUACCCCCUUCUGGAAACGGAUCCACUGAAGGUCCGAGGUCAACACUAUGAUCUAGUCCUCAACGGCGUUGAAGUGGGGGGUGGGUCUACUAGAGUCCACGAUUCGCAGCUGCAGAACUACAUUUUCAAGGAGAUUAUGAAGAUCCCCAACUCUGAGAAGCUUUUCGGACACUUGUUGCGAGCCUUUGAUGUGGGAUGUCCCCCCCAUGCUGGUUUUGCUAUCGGUUUUGACCGUUUGGUCGCAAUGCUUGCAGGUUACUCGUCUAUUCGAGAUGUCAUCGCCUUUCCUAAGACCGUCACUGGGGCUGACCCCAUGAUUGGCAGUCCAUCUGCUGCCACCUCGGCGCAGCUCGCUCCUUACCAUGUUCGAGUUGCUCCCAAGGAAAACAAGGAGUAA